AUGGAAGCGACAAGUGAGACAGAGGAUCCCGGCCUAAAGCCCAAGUUGGUGGAAUUGAGCCGUCCCGUCAUGAAUGAAACUGCAUUGAAGGCAGUUUGCGAGAUCGCCGACAUCGAGUUGAAAACUCACAUGAUCCGUCUACAGAAUGCUCGAUGUAUUGAAGUUGUGAAGACCACAACUGACUGUCAUAAAGUAGGAAACCGUGACCCAACAACCUUAUACAAUUACGGAACGGAUUGUGUCGGUCCUAUGUAG